UGAGCGCCGACCUGAGUGCCACGGUGAACGGCGACUAUCGAAAUGAAAAUAUAAUAAAGUAGACGAAGAAAGACCAAGAGACCAAAAAUUCUUCCAGCCUCUGUAUUAUCCACACAUAUCAUAUAUACACAAUUCAAACAAAUCGGGCAUGUAUCACUUUGUCUCGGAGCAGACACCAGAAUUGCGACUUGCCACCAAUGUUCUUGUCAGCAGUCAGACAACGCAAUAUCUGAAGAGUUUCCAACUGGAGGCAGUGCAAUUUAUUUACGAACGGCUGUCCAAACACCAAUUCUGUAUAUACAACGAUGAGAGCGGUUUGGGUAAAAGUGCAGCUGUGGUGGCACUACUAAGUGCCCUGGAGCCGGCCAAAAAGAAAACAUUGAUUGUAAUGCAAAACGAUGACCGAUUGCUAUCUGGUUGGCAAUUUCAUUUUGAUAUCUUGACGGAUUUACCUGUCUACGUAAUACAGGAUGUCAAAGACUCCACAGAAUCACCGCACAGUGUUUAUUUAGCCAAAUGGAGUGUAUUGAGAAACAUUGGGGAUCUAAGUAGAUUUAAUUUUGAUCUAGUCAUUGUGGAUAAUCGUGGGCAUACGCUAAACAAUAAUUUUUGUACUUCUAUGCUAUUCAAGCACUACGAGAAGAAGGUCAAUCUUGUGAUCUCAAGUGUAGAUAUUACCUCGGAGACAAAACUUUUGUAUAACAUACUUCGUCUGGGCGGAUGCCUCGAAAACCAAUAUAGAACAUAUCGUAGUUUUGAGCGCAAAUUCCAUUUGCCCGAUGCCAAAGAGGUCUUUCAAAAGAAAGUCGAUCUCGAGGAAUACUACAAGCAGCGAGGUUUUCUAGGCGAGUACAUCAGAGAUUAUCGACUGCGUCGUUAUCGACAUCAAUUUGAUCAAUAUUUACCCUUGGUCAGCGUAGAGCAUUACAAUAAUAAUCUUAAACUGUGGCUGACAGCCAACAAUAGCGAGAGUACACUGAGUGGCUCUACUCUGCCCACGAUAUCUUCGUCAGAUGCGCGUUCCACAGCUGGAACUGAUGAGAUUAUGGAAUGUAUAAUUAAUUUGAAGCGUGUUCGGGAAGGUGCUCAAGAGCCAGAGAAAUUAUCAGAACAUAGUGAUGAAGUGUUGGCCAUGUCGCCGUUGGUUUUCGAAAUGUCUGAGCCCGAAGAGGAAGACAGACAGCCUCCGAUACCGGCGCCGCCGACGUCACAAGCUGUGUUCACUGUGUCAAGUGAUGACUGUGAGAUGGUGACACCACAAAAGAGAAAUAAGCGAGUGCCUUCAACACCAACGACAAAACGGAAGGCCAAAAAGCGUUUAGUACCGUUGAAACCGUUGCCAGUGGAGAUCAGUGAAUCUGAGGUGGAAAUGGAGACAGUAAAGCACCCUUCGCCCGUACUAGCGACCAGAAAUGUAAACAUCCGUCUAAGGCGCACAACAAUAGCUACACCCCAAUCUAAUGCUAUAAGGAAUACGGUUAGUCCCAAGAGUGAGCCCAAGGUAGUAAAACAGGAAGCGGAGACUCCCAGUCGUCCAAUGACUCGGGGCAUGCAACGAUUGACUCGUUCGGCCUCCGCUCGAAUGGUUAGCAAAUAUAUGAAUAGAAAUAGAACCACUGAGACACCCAAACGUAAGGCAGGACGUCGGCCGAAACGAAAGUCUCUGGCCAAGGAAAUUCCUAUGGCAGCCGAUAAUCCAACACAACCACCACCACCAAUAACCCCAACAGCAACACCACAAUUGCUUAGCUCUAGUUCAAUAUCAUCAGAAUACUUGCAGUGUGCCCAAAAGGUGCCAGAGAAUCUAGACGUUUUGGAAUUGCCUGGCUUUCGAGUGCCUUUUACACCCUCACCUGCCACGCCAAAUAGUCUUUUGUUGCCAUCAGCGUUUAAUCUCUUCAGUGACUCAGAGCUGGUCGUCCCCAUAGUCAGUCAGAAGCAAAGAGAGAUUGUUGUCGUAUCCAGCUCACACGAUGAUAGCUCACAUUCGCAGCCCACACAAAGUCGCCGGACACGAGCUUUGAAGCGAAAACGAAACGAGGAUCAUCAUCCGCAGGCAACGCCAGUGAGUGUCUCUUCCUCUAACUUUGGGUCACUUAUCUCGCAACAACAACAAAGACAACAAAAUAAAUCGCCAGAUAUAUUUAGUAACUAUUCAGAAUUAUCCCAAAUGACCCUAACUCAGCCUCAACCGUUCGAGGGCUUUAAGAUUUUUGGCUCGGAGGUGAAGCAAGUGCAACAACAAAAUGCCAAAACCAAGCCAAUUGGCAAAAAGAGACGUGAACGCUCUUGCCUGGACAUUUUGGAGCAAAUGUUUGAGCCACAUCGACGUCCAGAAAAGCCAGCCAAUACUCAGGUUAUGCCAACAUUGCCACGCAGAAAUCUCCUAGAGGAUGAAGGUGAUAUGGACAUUUUUGAGAUUACCAAUAAUCGUGAAUUUGGUAGUCGACUGCGCCUCAAUUCGGGGGGAAAUGUUUCACCUGUGCAACAGCAACAACAGCAGCAGCACCACCAGCAGACACAGCAAGCUUCAUUGCGUUCCCCACAGCAGCCAAACAAGAUUACUAACUAUUUAAUUAGCUCCGGACCCACACCAGAGGAACGUACCUCAACGCAAAUGGCCAAUGUACGUAAAUCACCAAAAUCUAUAAGGGCCACCCAACAGCAGCAACAAACCACAAAACUCACACGCUGGUUUGGUGCAACUGCCACUGGCACCGCCAACUCCUCCGCCACCAACACUCAGAUGAGCUCGGGUGAAUCGUCAAGUGCUCCCACCACUCCCAAAGGGCCAUCGACUAGUGCCAAUGCCGCGGCAGCAAUGCGAGCUGGACGUACUUCACGUAGUCCAACUAAACGCAAAAGAUUGGAUCUCUACAAAUGAUGACAGUUUGAUCUCCGAUCCAAGAAUAUAUAAAAAUUUCGUAAGACAAAACAAAAAAAGACUCGAGAGACAUUUUCAAUAGCUCGCGAACUGAAUGUAAUCAAAAUACAAUUAGCACAAAGGAUUAA